AGUUAAACUAUCAAACAAAGAAAAAAGGAUACAGUUUAACAAUUAUCAAUAACUUGAAGAUUAUAAAUUGUUUUAUGAGUAUAUUGCUGGUUUAUGUCAUUUUGUUUCAUUCUCCUAUUUUAUUUGCGUCCGAUAUCGGAAAACAAAAUAUUCUUUUAUAGUCCAAAGCAAUUUUCACUGAGGAAACAUGAUUAUUCAAGUAUUUUGUUUAUUUUUUGUAUUUUUAAUAGGAUUGGCGCAAAGUUUUGAUCAUCCCAACGCUCACUUGAUAAACGAUGCGAGCUGUGGAGUUCUGAAACCAGGCCAGAGAAUUCACCAGGGGAGAAAUGCAAAUCUUGGAGAAUUUCCUUGGAUGGUUUACAUUAUUACUACAAAAGAAUAUCCCGAUUUUCAGACUCGUCAUUUAACGUGCGGAGGAUCAAUCCUGAAUAGCAAAUACGUGUUGAGUGCCUCCCACUGUUUUGUAGAUGAAAAUGCUAUAAGAAUGAGUUCUAUUCUAUUCAUAGGAGAUUACAACACUAAAACGGAUCCAGACUGUGUAAAUGAUUUUUGUGCACCUCAUGUUGUGCUCCAUGAACCAGAAGAAAUAAUCAAUCAUCCCUAUUACUUCACGUAUAUGGCUGGCUCUGAUAUCACCCUUGUCAGAGUCAAAGGCGAAAUACAAUUCAAUGAAUUUGUGGCUCCAAUUUGUUUGGAAGAUGGACUUUUAUUGACACAUGACUAUACAGGAGAGGAAGCUCAUGUGGCUGGUUGGGGAACUUAUGAUUUUGCGGAUAUCAAUAGAACACAGCUACUCUACCCAGAUAUCCUUCAAACUCUGUCAGUUCCGAUUAUAGAUGACAACAGCUGUCUGGAUACAAUGCGACGUCUAGCUUAUGAUUAUCAGCAACAUCAUGUCAUCGAGUCACAAGUAUGUGCCGGUGGCAUACCAGAGUACUUUGCCUAUAUGGGUGACUCGGGUGGCCCCCUAAUGGUGGUCAAACAGAUGGACCCCGAGCAGCCGCCCCGCUUCUACCAGAUAGGGGUUGUCUCAUGGGGUGGGCUCACUGUCAAUGUAACCAGCUUCGAAAGUCCCACUGUCUACACCAGGGUGCGAUACUAUCUGCCGUGGAUUCUAGACAAUAUGAGACCCUGAAAACGGGAAGAAACCUUUAAAAAAAAUAUUCACCUAGGUGCACUGGAUUCUGGACAAUAUGACACCCUCCAAAAAAACUGGAAUAACUUGAAAAAAGUGAAUUAAAUGCUGAACUGGAUUCUAGACAAUAUGAAACCCUGAAAACGGAAAGAAACCUUUAAAAAAAAUAUUCACCUUGGUGCACUGGAUUUUAGACAGUAUGACACCCUCGAAACAAACUGGAAUAACUUGAAAAAAUCGUAUUAAAUACUAAACUGGAUUCUAGACAAUAUGAAACACUGAAAACGGAAAGAAACCUUUAAAAAAAAUAUUCACCCAUGUGCACUAGAUUUUGGACAAUACGACACCCUAAAAACAAACUGGAAUAACUUGAAAAAGCGUAAUAAGUGCUGAACUGGAUUCUAAACAAUAUGAAACCCUGAAAACGGAAAGAAACCUUCAAGAAAAAUAUUUACCUGGAUGCACUGGAU